AUGAGUUCGGAGGCCACUCUCCUUCUGCGGUCGACUCGUACGCACACGCACCGAAGACCCUCAGCGGCUGCAUUUCCACUCUCUGACCACCGGCGACCACAGGAACCCGUCCUCAUCAUGCAGCCCAGCUACCUGCUACUGUUCUGCCUCCUGUUGGUGUCCCAGGGAUCGUCAGCAGUCAUCACCGGGGCGUGUGAGAGGGACUCUCAGUGCGGAGGAUCCAUGUGUUGUGCCGUGAGCCUGUGGAUCCGCAGUCUGCGUAUGUGCACGCCCAUGGGACAGGAAGGAGAAGAAUGUCACCCCUUGAGUCACAAGGUCCCGUUCCUGGGGAAGCGACUUCACCACACCUGCCCCUGUCUGCCCCACCUGGCCUGCAUCACCACCGAGGAGGGCAAAUCCAAAUGCCUCUCGCCGCUCAAGAACCCGGACUACUACCUCUGAGCCGCUCAGCAGUUACACUGUUUGCUACCUGCACUGUAACUAUUCUAUCUGCCUUCGAAGCCCGUUCCCUCUUUCCUAAUUUAUUUUAAAUGGUGGAAUAUAUUCACGAUAACGUCACAGCUCAAUGUAUGUGAAGCUACACUAUGUAUAUUUAGAGGAAAAUCCAGUUUGUUUGGAUUUUAAAAAACAGUGUGUUGCAGAUAUUUUUAAACCAGCAUCAUAUACUGUGAUCUCUAGCUAAACAUGCAUAAUGUAGCUACUUGACUGAACUGAAUAUUUAUUUUAUUUAAUUUUGCAUAUUUAAUAUUUAUUUACAAACCAUCAUGUAUGUAUGAUGUGUCUAUUUCAGAUAUCACCAUUAAAAUAGUUAUUUUGUUUUAAAAUCGGAGCACAGGCAUUUUUUCUUGCAGUUCUGUUCAGUGAUAUGGUAAUAUGUACACAGUGUUAUCAAUAACCACUGGGUUCUUUGUCACGGGAGCGUUCAGCUGCCCUCUAGGGUAACAUGAAGAGAAAUACACGUUGGCUCUAAUACUGUACAUGCUGAGUGAGACGUAGCCAAAUAACCAAAGCGCAGAGAGUGUUUCUCCCUGUUUGAUUUAUCCUCUAACCACAAGCACAAAAAGACAAACAGGUUGACUGGUGUUAAACGGUGAAGCGAGAUGUGUUGUGCUGCAGGUCUGUAUGACGCCUGCAAAGCUGAAAGACAGCCACCAAAUGAACCACUGUCCAGAUCUGAGUCACGGCGCUCGUGAAGCUCCACAACUCUAAUUAGAUUUCUCUAAUGUACAAAGCAGUGACUCACAUCGGUCUCAUGUUUAAGUAAUGAUAUUGGUUUUCCUGUGA